UGCAAUUGCUUCUGGCCCUGAACCUAGCGUCAAGCGUGUUCUGUGAUUGGGAGGGCGGAUAUGCGCGUGUCAAGUGUAACCAAGACGGCAUGGUUACUGAGCUGUCCUCACGCUUUUCUUUUGAUUCGUAUCCCGACGUGCCAGCAGACAUCACAGCCCUCUCUGCGCUUCAGAAACUGGAUCUUUCUUUCAAUCGCUUCGGUGGGAGCUUGGAGAUUCUCGGCCAAUUCCCCGAGUUGCAAUAUGUAGACCUGAGCCAUACCGACUUCAGAGGAUCCAUCCCGGAAACCAUCAGCAAUGCCAAGAGCCUGCAGUACCUUAACCUCCAGGGCCUGAAACUCAGUGGAAGUCUCCCUGGCAGCAUCAGUCGCCUCACUGCACUCCAAUCUCUGCACAUUGGGAUUGAGUCGGAUGACCGCCUUCCUUAUAGAUACCUCAACGGCCAUCUAAAUCCAAUAGAUCCUCUAUCCAUUCAGCCGUACUUGCCUUUCCCUGUGAUGCAAGGCUCUGUGGACGACCUCUCCUGUCUCGCUCCACUCACUCGCCUCCAGAACCUCGCUCUCAUGAGUCUCAACCUGACUGCUGGAGAUCUCCCUUUCUCUCUCUCUGCGCUUACUUCACUCAAGCACCUAGACCUCAGUUUCCUUCCCAUCACCCGCUUGCCGCAAUGGAUCGCUUCACUCACUAGGCUCACUCAUUUAGACGUCACUGGAAAGUUACACGUCCACCGCUCUGCACCUUUCCCCACCAAAUGGAUUGCUCUCACAAGGCUGGAAACGCUGCGGGCCGGUCUGAAUGGCUUCACUGGCUCUAUCCCCUCCACCAUCUCCGCCCUCACCGCCCUCACCAUCUUGGACCUCUACGGGAACAACAUCUCAGGGAGCAUUCCCGCUGGCAUCAGCGAGCUACCUAGAUUGCAUGCCCUAGACCUCUCCCACAAUCAGCUCACCUCCAUGCCUUCUACCCUCAAUUGGGGGGGGCAUUUUUCCAUGGCUCACAACCAGCUUCAAGGUCCCCUUCCUUCUGCCCUCGUUUCCACCGAUUUCGUUACUCUUGAGCUGCAAGGCAAUGCAUUCUCUGGCUCGCUACCUAACUUUGCUUUGUGGAAAUACCCUUACCUUGAAAUACUCGACGUCAGCGACAACCAGCUCAGUGGCUCCCUCCCUGACUCCAUCACCCGCCUUACAUCGCUGUGGAAACUGGGGCUUGGAGGCAACACUCUGAGUGGCGUCAUACCUGCUAGCCUGGGCGGACUUACCGAUCUAUCAUACCUGAACGUGUCAGGCACGGGGCUGACCUGCCCUGCAAACGGCAGCAAGUGCCUGGUGAAGCAGAGCAACACCACUGGCUUCUGCCGCCUCUGCUUCUCCUUCUGCUCCUCCUGCACCCCCCUUGCUUUGUCGGCGCUCACAGAGGAUGCAGCAUGGCCAGCACCGGUGACUGACGCACCAAUGUGGGACACAAAGGAAACAGCAUGGCCAGCACCGCAGGCACGAUCGGCAUCCGGCCCUCGCACGCGCAUUGAUGCUUCCAUUGACCACUCUACUGCUGCUGUUGCCGCCAUCUUGCUCCUGGUGUUCGGGAUGUGA